AAAGGCAAAUUAACACGAUGAGUGCGUAAAUGUCGCAACACCAAAACAAGCCCGCAAAUCAUGGCCGCAGACGAGCAAUUAACUGACUUAUGGCAAUCCCACUCACAACUGGACGUAGUAUUAGAACUGGUGUUCCUUUGGCUGCGUGGCGCGGACUUGGCGUGUUGUGGCGCGGCGUGUCGCGCCUGGCGUUUUGCUGUCAGACGUGGUGAUGUCUGGAGACGCCUGUUGGCGUGUGCAUCUAGUGCGGAUACAGUACAUGCUCUCGCUAGCAUUUAUGAUGGCGCCUGUCCAUGGCGCGAGCUGUACGUAUCAUCCAUAGCGCCGUGGCGUCGCAUGGCGUGCCUGACGCCAGAACGCCCAGCUCGCCUUGCCGCUGCAGCGCUCAACCGGGAUGGCAACUUGCUUGCUAUUGCAGCUGAGGACUGCUCUUUUACCAUAUGGAUAUUUGAGAACGGAAAGUGGACGCGUGCAGGCGCUGGUUCAGUGGCGUUAGGUUGGACAGGAGUAGCACGAGCGGAAUGGGCUCCUGACGCACCACUUCUGCUAAUGGCAGGAUCCGCACCGCUUUCUGCACAAAGAGGAGGACUCGCUGUAUUACGUCCCCGUAACGAAAACUCAUUUGAGUCAUGGGUGGUGGCCGCACGAGCAAGCGGCGGCGGCGGCUGCUGGGCGGGCGAGGGUUUCCUGUCCUUGGAGUUGUCGCGGCUGUCAGCGCUGGAGCACGCGCCAGUCUUCGGCACUGACGUCUGGCUUAAUGCCGCCACACAGGAGACUGAAGACGAAUUUGCGGGUACGGCGGCGCGCGUUCUACGAAUAUACAACGAAAAGCGGGCGGCCAUCACACAAGCCGUAUGCGCAGACGCACCGCUAGACGCACGAACGGCACAGGAGUGGGCGGAAGCGGAAGCGACUGCGCGCGCCGAGGACAUGCCGAUAGAUGCGUCUGUAGACCCUGUCCAUACACCGGAAGUUGUGAAACUAGAAGAGUUGGGGCCAGAUGAAGCUUACUACAGAGUUAUAUACGAUCGUGGACGCACGUCCGACACGCCAAACGCGUGGAUACGCGUAGUGGUCCUGGCGUGUGGCGGCGUAGUUGGCGUGUGGCCGUUACCGCGCGAACGCCCGCCGCCGCUCCGCGUGCCUGACGACGCGCUGCGGCUGCGCAUGCGAGCACGUGCGGAGCGACGACAACGGGAGGCCGAAGCAGCAGCGGCGGGUGAGGUGGAGGAAGAGGCACCAGAACUAUCAAUAGCUGAACUCCGCGCCCGCUGUGACCCGCCCACAGCACGUCUUCGGUUACCUGGCAAUGUGCUCGGCCUUACUACGUUACAGAAGUUAGUGUUACAGCGUAACAUUUACUGGCUCUAA